AUGUCGUCCCUUAGCAGGGAGCUCGUGUUCUUGAUACUCCAGUUUUUGGAUGAGGAGAAAUUUAAAGAGACUGUUCAUCGGUUGGAGCAAGAGUCUGGAUUUUUCUUUAAUAUGAGACAUUUUGAGGAAAUGGUGACAAAUGGUGAUUGGGAUGAGGUGGAAAAGUAUCUAUCUGGGUUCACUAAGGUGGAUGAUAACAGAUACUCAAUGAAAAUCUUUUUUGAGAUCAGAAAACAGAAGUACCUUGAAGCUUUGGACAGGAAGGAUCGUGCCAAAGCUGUUGAAAUUCUCGUGAAGGAUUUGAAAGUCUUCUCUGCUUUUAAUGAAGACCUUUUUAAAGAAAUUACGCAACUACUGACGUUAGAGAACUUUAGGGACAAUGAACAACUAUCAAAGUAUGGAGACACUAAGUCUGCGAGGGGGAUAAUGCUUGUUGAGCUUAAGAAGUUGAUAGAAGCAAAUCCAUUAUUCCGCGACAAGUUAACAUUCCCCACCUUGAAAAACUCUAGGCUGAGGACACUAAUCAAUCAGAGUUUGAAUUGGCAGCAUCAGCUCUGUAAGAAUCCUAAGCCUAAUCCAGAUAUCAAAACCCUGUUUGUGGACCAUUCUUGUGGGCCAUCACAGCCGAAUGGUGCGCGAGCCCCAUCUCCAGUAACUAAUCCUCUGAUGGGAGCUGUUCCUAAGCCUGGUGCCUUCCCUCCUUUGGGUGCCCACAGUCCAGCACCAGCACCGAUGCCGACAUCUCUUGCAGGGUGGAUGGCUAAUCCUUCACCUGUUCCCCAUCCUUCAGCUUCUGCUGGACCCCUUGGUUUUAAUCCACCUAACAACCCUGGAGCAAUGUUAAAGCGUCCUAGAACUCCUCCUGCAAACAAUCCAGCUAUGGAUUAUCAAACAGCUGACUCAGAUCACGUGAUAAAGAGAUCAAGACCAUUUGGAAUGUCAGACGAAGCAAGUAAUAUUCCUGUCAACAUCUUGCCAGUUGGAUUCAGUGCUCAGGGUCAUAGUCAGACUCAUGGUCAGAGUUCAUAUUCUUCAGAUGACCUGCCUAAGAAUGUGGUUAUGAGUUUGAGUCAGGGUUCAGCUGUCAAGAGCAUGGAUUUUCACCCUGUGCAACCAAUUGUACUUCUUGUUGGGACAAACACAGGAGAGGUUAUGGUGUGGGAUUUAGGCAGUCGGGAGAGACUUGCUCAUAGAAGUUUCAAAUUGUGGGAUCUUGGAGCAUGUUCAAUGGGUCUGCAGACAUCUUUAGCUAGUGAUUACACUGCGUCAAUCAACCGUGUAAUUUGGAGCCCUGAUGGCACUUUGUUUGGUGUCGCCUAUUCAAAGCACAUCAUACACAUAUACUCUUACCAUGGGACAGAUGAUCUGAGAAACCAUCUUGAGAUUGAAGCCCAUGCUGGUAGUGUCAAUGAUCUCGCGUUCUCUUAUCCUAACAAACAGCUUUCUUUUGUUACUUGUGGGGAGGAUAGGCUUAUUAAGGUAUGGGAUGCAGUGACUGGAACCAAACAGUUCACAUUUGAAGGCCAUGAAGCACCUGUUUAUUCUGUGUGUCCUCAUCACAAAGAAAGCAUUCAGUUCAUCUUCUCAACUGCAACUGAUGGAAAGAUAAAGGCUUGGUUGUACGAUAACAUGGGAUCAAGAGUUGACUAUGAUGCACCUGGCCAUUCGUCCACCACCAUGGCAUACAGUGCCGAUGGAACAAGGUUGUUCUCUUGUGGGACUAACAAAGAAGGGGAGUCGUACCUUGUGGAGUGGAAUGAAAGUGAAGGGGCCGUGAAACGAACAUAUAUUGGUUUAGGGAAGCGAGCUUCUGGUAUUGUACAAUUUGAUACCACGAAGAAUAGAUUCUUGGUUGCUGGUGACGAGUUCAAUAUCAAAUUUUGGGAUAUGGACACUGUUAGCUUGUUAAAUAGCACAGAUGCAGAUGGUGGAUUGCCGGCUUCACCUAGCAUCCGUUUCAACAAGGAUGGAAAUUUGUUGGCUGUCUCAACAAAUGAUAAUGGGAUUAAAAUCUUGGCCAAUGCAGAAGGUGCCAGGCUACUUCGAACCAUGGAAAACCGCCCAUUUGAUGCUUCUAGAGUUGGCCCUGCCAAUCUUGCGAAGCCACCUACUGUAGGUACAUUUGGUACCGGUAGUGCAGCUAUUGGGUCAACUAUUGUUGAUAGAGUUGCUCCACCUAUGGUUUCAAUGAAUGGCGAUAAUCGGAACAUGGCUGAUGUCAAACCUAGAAUUCCAGAUGACUCUGCGGACAAAUCAAGAAUAUGGAAACUGACAGAGAUUAAUGAACCAUCACAGUGUCGCUCACUGAGGCUGCCAGAUAGUUUGACUGCCAUGCGGGUUUCAAGAUUGAUCUACACAAAUUCAGGAAUUGGCAUAUUAGCUUUAGCUGCGAAUGCUGUGCACAAGCUCUGGAAGUGGCCCAGGAAUGACCGUAAUCCGUCUACAAAGGCUAGUGCUGGAGUUGUGCCACAACUGUGGCAACCUGCUAGUGGAAUAUUGAUGACCAAUGAUAUCAGCGAUACAAAUCCUGAGGAUGCUGUUCCAUGCUUUGCUCUGUCAAAGAAUGAUUCCUAUGUGAUGUCAGCCUCUGGGGGGAAAAUUUCUUUAUUUAACAUGAUGACCUUUAAGACCAUGACAACUUUUAUGCCGCCUCCACCUGCUGCAACAUUUUUGGCAUUCCAUCCUCAAGACAAUAAUAUUAUUGCCAUAGGGAUGGAGGACUCGUCCAUUCAAAUAUACAAUGUUCGGGUUGACGAGGUUAAAACCAAGCUCAGAGGCCAUCAGAAGAGAAUUACGGGCCUUGCCUUUUCUCAUGCACUCAACGUGCUUGUAUCUUCAGGAGCAGAUUCUCAGUUGUGUGUCUGGAGUACUGAUGCUUGGGAGAAGCAAACAAGUAAAUAUUUGCAGAUUCCUGCUGGGCGUGCUGCUGCUCCACUCGCUGAUACCCGUGUUCAAUUCCACCAAGAUCAGACACAUCUGCUAGCAGUCCAUGAAACACAAAUAGCAAUAUAUGAAGCACCAAAGCUGGAAUGUCUCAAGCAGUGGGUUCCUCGAGAAGCAAGUGGCCCAAUCACGCAUGCUACCUACUCUUGUGAUAGCCAGUCAAUUUAUGUCAGCUUUGAAGAUGGAAGUGUGGGUGUUCUAACUGCUACGAGUUUGCGAUUGAGAUGCCGUAUUAAUCCAAGUGCAUACCUGCCUAGCAAUCCAUCUUUACGGGUCUAUCCUUUAGUCAUUGCCGCGCACCCAUCCGAACCUAAUCAGUUUGCCUUAGGUCUCUCUGAUGGUGGAAUUCAUGUAUUGGAACCACCAGAAUCUGAGGGCAAAUGGGGUACCUCACCUCCGCUUGAGAAUGGUGCUGGACCGAGCACCUCUGGUGCAGCUAGUUCAGAUCAGCCACAGAGGUAG